UGAGUUUGUUUGUAAUUGUUGACAAAAUUGGAGGUACAUAAAAAUUUUAAAAAGUAAGACGGUUGUUAUACAAUUUCUAGUAAAAAGUUGGACCUAGGUGAAAUAUCAUUUCCAUAUAAUCAGAAUUCGAGAGAGAGAGAGAGUCCUCCCGUCUCCCGCGUUCUGCGUUCUAUUUCUGGUCUUCCCUCUACUCUUGAGAAAAUGUCGACUCUUUUCCUGCGGGAAAUGGAUGCAGUACAUCCGUCGUCGUCGCCGUUUCUCCAGCCGCAGCCCCCCUUCACUUCCACCACCAACAACGGCGCCACCUCGCCGGCGCCACCGCCGCCAUGCCGCCCGCCUCGCAAGCCGUCCCUCAUCUUCCAGGACAGCUCUCCUCCCACCACCUUCGUCCAGGUCCAACCUUCCUCAUUCAAGCAAGUCGUCCAGAUGCUCACCUCUUCCCGAGAACAGCCGCCGGUCCGUGCCUCCUCCGCCUAUCCUCCUCCCUCGUCCAGCCUCCCCGUUUUCAAGAAGGCAUCCUGCUGUUCCCCCAGCAAGCUCCUCGUUCGCCGCCGCAAUAACUUCCGCAACCUCAAGCUCGCCGCCCUCAGCAGCGGUUGCACAGACUCGUCCUCCUUACUGACGCUUUCUCCUAGCUCCCUCGUCGAUCUCACCCAGCUCUCGCUCAGCCCCGUCGCGCCACUCGGCUCCGAUUCGUCCACUGCUCUUCCCGCGGCAACGGCAGAGGAGAAUGCGAUCGCCGGGAAGGGGUUCUUCCUCCAUCCAACGACCCCACGAGGGGGCGAAGAAUCCGUCUCGCUCCCGCGGCUGCUCCCACUCUUCCCGACUACCUCGCCCAGGGUGCCUCCUUCGUCGCCGUCAUGACCACCGCGGAAUUCGAUGGGAGGCGGCGAUCUGCAUGGCAUCCCUGUGCGGAGACCCUGAUUCAGUUGCUCAGUUCUUCCUUUUUCUCCUCCCAUUGCCUUCCGGUAUCCUCCUUGUUCUGAUUUUGAUUUUAUUUGCGACUUCUGAAAUAAUUAUACUUUCUGAUCGGAAGACUGGAUUCUGCUUUAGAAUUCCUCUCACCGGUCUGCCUUCGUCGUUGUGUCCGCUUACUUUUCUCAAUGUUCUUCGAUAGUUUAUAAGUAAAACUCACGUCUAUAUAAUAAUAAAUCAGAAACCGAAGGCCCAUAUUUGAGAUUAUGGUGAAAAGGGUGACACUCGUGGGGGUGGCAUUUAUGUAAUUAUUCUGUCACCGAACACAAUCACAAGAGAGUGAACAUUGUGAGAUUGAGUUGCGUGCACACACACCUCUGUGUGCGGAAUAAAUAUGCACCAAGGAGACAGUGGCAUUUAAGAUUUUUUUUUUCUUAAAACUAUGUAUAUUGUAGUCUUUUAAUACUUUUAUAAUUCUCAUUUUAUCUACUCAACUUUUCAUUUUUAUUUUAGUCAUUAUAAACCCAUGUGCAUACAAGGUGGUGUGUAUCAUAUAAAGGUUGCUAAGAUCAUUCACGACCUUAAAUCCAACUUCCAAGUCACCAACGUUGCUAAGAUCAUUCAUGAAGUCAGUUAGGAUCAUCAACUAAUUACAUCUUCUUUUUGGUAGUGCAUUACUGAACACUGAAGGUUGUUAUUUUAUGAAUUGUGAAAUAUCACAAACUUUAUUAGAUAUGCACAGAUAUCUGUAUUCCAUGUUAUAUGGUUUUAGUCCAAGAAAAAAUAUCAAACAUCAAGUCCUACAAAUCCUACCUUCUUCAUCUCUACUAGCUUCAUCUUAGCUUAUUAGCUUCACUUAAACCCGGGUCGCAAUAUGUCUGUAUGAUUUCAGAAUAAAAAAUUCUUUGUUUGAUAACACAUUCCCAUUUCACCAAUGGUGAAAAUGUUAAUUCUAGAAUUGCAUAAUUCUAGCAGAAUCAAAUCAAACACCCCUUUAAAAAGCUGAGGCAUCACAAUUAGGUCAACUUUAGGUGUGGGGUAGCACUAUGUGGUUGGUCAACGGUGCAAUUUUCCUACUGUUCCUCCAGAAGCGAAAUAUUAUAGUCAAAAGCAAAAUAACAAGAAGAAAACCUUGGAAUACGUUUGCAGGAAGCCGCUCCUAUAUAUACAUUAGAGGCACAAAAAUUGGUUUAUUACAAAAUACAUGGCCAACAUGCCAACCAGUUCUCCUUCUACUCAAGUUGAUAAGAAGUCAAGAGUUCGAGUCUCUAUUGGCACAACCAACUAGAAUCGGCUUAAGAAAAAGAAGAAGAAUGUUCACUAUUUUUUGGAUAGUUAUAGUCAGCGGCGAAGUUAGAAAUUUUUAACUGAGGAACACUGAUCCAUUUUAUUAUUAUAAUAGAGUGAGUGCAUGUAGAACUAUGGCUAGACCUGAAUCAAACACAUGAUAAUAAAACUUUUAUAAAAGCAUACACAGGCUGGAGUAGGCAGUUGCCCACUCCAACUUCAUGAUAGCUCAGUUAUUGGUCCUAGUUCGAUUCCCACGUGUUACACAUUUUACACAAGUAUAGUUUUAUUUAAGGUUGUAAGUUUUUUUUUUUUUUUUUAAGUAAGCACAAAAAAAGGAAAAGAAUAAUUUAUUUAAAAAAUGACUAAUAGUGCCAACUCGUGUCGGCCCGAUACGGCAUAAGCUUUAGAUACAAAAUAGAAACCGAGACAUAAAACACUGGCACCAGGAAGGGUAACCCAUCAUUUCAACCAUGGGAUUCUGUCGUUUAUUUUGAAAGGUAGGUUGAAGAAGUCAGAUCCCAAGAGGUCUGACAUUUUUUGAGGGAUUUCUGUCGGUCAUUUGGGAACAGUAAGAUUAUUUAUCACAUCUGAGGCAACACCUAAGAUUCUCAGUCAGCCGCAUGAGAAUCAUAUAAUUUAACAGGUUCUUUAUUUAAACGUAUUUUCUUUUCUUAAGGAGGGAAAAAUGGACAUUUUAAUUAUUUUUUGAUGUUUUCAUUAACUAAGGAUGCGUUUGCGAAUUGUAUUAUUUUGUGAUUUCUCUAACAUUAUUUAUGGGCAUGUCCAAAGUUAAGGUGCCUUAAAUUUCUAAAAGAAAAAGGCAAAAGUCAAAUGACAACUCAACCAGCAAAGGUGGAUAAUAAACUCAUAACUUUUCAACCACACACAUAUGCCCUUAUUUCUACCUCGCAAUUCACAAGAUCCGAAAGCCACCCCCUUGUCCCUACCCUCAUGGUUCAGGAUUGUUUAGGUGGUUCUAUGGUACACCCUUUAAUUUGAGUGUGACAUAUGCUAUUGUUUGCAUUCUGAAGGAGUAGUGCCCACAAAAAUCAAAUUGAAGACUGGGUUCUCACACGCCUACCAGUCCGAUCAGCUAUCUUAAGUCCCUUGGAGCAGAUCUUUCUCUCCCUGGAUUAUGAAAUUAUGCACCAAGAUAUAAAUACAUCUCCUACCAAUCAAUAAAACCUCUACCCGUAACACAAUUCACAAGGAAAGCAUGUUUUUGUUCUAGGAAACAUGAUUUGAUUGUGUCCAGUGUUUGGUUGCUGGAUCAAAAAAAUUCAUUCAUAAUCAAAUAUGGUUCUUUGGAACAAAAAUAUGAUUUUCCUAAAACAUGUGCUCGAAAAAAGAAAAGUGUUCUUCCUACAAAGCACCCUAUCUGUAUCUGUGUGUCUCCAUGUUUAUUAAUUUACAUUUAUAUGUGUAAGGAACUCUUAUGUAUAUUGACUAGACCAAGCCUAAUAGGCCAACAAGCCAAAUGAUAGGGAUGUAAGCAGUUCCGUUUCAGAUAAUACAAUAGACUCAAAAUUUUAUUGGAUCUUGUCAGCUAAUACCAGACGUGAACCAUUAACUAUUAAUUGUCGGGUGAAUACAAUGAGCAUUUCAUCAUAUUACCCAACAAAGAGGGUAAAGCUAAGCCUGCGCAUCGGGCUGGCCUCACAUCUAAAACUCAGGCCCUGGCCCGGGUCCGAGCUCGGCCUGGCCCAACUUGAUUAAAUUUAAAAAAUAUUUUUAAAUAUAAAAUAAUGGUUGUAAUAAAAUAUUUUAGAUAUAUAUAUAUAUAAAUUAAUAAAAAAAUUAAAAAAUCAUUAUCUGACCCGACUCGGGCUCAUCGGACCCACCCAGGCCGGCCUGAUAAUUUAUCGGGCCGGCCUGAGUCUCGUUUUUCUGAGCCUGGACCUGAGUCGGGUUGGGUACUGGGUACUCGGUGGCAGCCCGGCCCGAUUCCCAGGCUUAGCUAAAGCCCUCACUCUUCCCCUAAGGGGACAUGCUUGCUUUCGAUAAACCAUUAAGGCAUUGACUAUUUACUGAAUGCAAGCAUUUUCAACAUAAUAUCUCAAACACCAACAGUUGCAGCUUAAUGUAACAAGAAAACAAAUCAAACUGAUAUGGCGGACCACUAUCAAUUCCUAUUGAUCAAUUGAGCCGAAAAAGGAAACAUCUGAACCAUGUACUAUAAUACUAACCAGUAGAUCGCUGCCUAGCAGAUAGGGCCAUCGCCAAGAAACCAGCAAAGCCCAAACAGGGGGCAGGCCUAGUUUAUCAAACUACUAGACCAGGCUGCUGACCAGCCCAUCCUGGUCAACUGCUCAUCAAGCAGUUAAUCGGAUGAGCUGCCUGAUCCAUUGACCAACCCCAUGACAUGCUUGACCACCCUACUUUAAACUAUAUGGUUCAAAUUUGACAUUCGAUUUUUUGACAAUACAGAUCCAGGUUGUCCACCAAAAUGAAUUUGAUCCAUAGAAAAUUUAUUUUAAUCCAUGCAAAA